AUGGCGGCUCCGAGGGGUGCGGCACUGGUGCUGGCGAUGGUGCUCGCGGCCAUGGUGGUGGCGCCGCCGGCGACUGUGCACGCCAUAUCCUGCUCCACGGUGUACAGCACGCUGAUGCCGUGCCUGCAGUACGUGCAGCAGGGCGGGUCGCCGGCCCGGGGCUGCUGCACCGGCAUCCAGAACCUGCUGGCCGAGGCCAACAACAGCCCCGACCGCCGCACCAUCUGCGGCUGCCUCAAGAACGUCGCCAACGGCGCCUCCGGCGGGCCCUACAUCACCCGCGCCGCCGCGCUCCCCUCCAAGUGCAACGUCGCCCUCCCCUACAAGAUCAGCCCCAGCGUCGACUGCAACUCGUACGUCACUGAACGAACCUGUCGACGUACGUCUGCCGUGUGA